AUGGAGGGCCGCUGCCAAUGCGGCGCCGUCAAAUUCCGCACCCCAGGCGACAAACCUGUAAAAUGGUUCAUCUGCCACUGUCUUGAGUGCCGUCGCCAGUCCGCCUCCGCGUUUGGCAUCUCCGCCAUCUUUCCCAACUUUGACCUCCUGGCGCAGAACCCGGGCACCGGUACCGAGACGGGCACAAGAUCCGACUCUACAAACGACGCGACUUCACGCCCGAAUCGGCACGAAAACGACCUGAUAGGAACGUACACUCACUCGAAUACGGCCUCGGGACGCUCGAAGCGGUGUUACUUCUGCAAGAAGUGCGGCACGCGGAUCAUGAAUCUCAACGUCGUGCCGGGCGACGACGCGGGCGGGUGGGUUGCCGUCAAGGGGGGUUGUUUGGAGGGCAUUCGAGGCGACGUGUGGACUAGUGCGACGCAUAUCUGGACGAAGAGUGCGUUGGUGGGCAUCCCGGAGGGGGUGGAGCAGUGGGAGGGGGAUCCACCGCCGCGACAGUAG